AUGCUCUACAAGUCGAUUGACUUUGUCAUUCCGGACGACCGUUUGCGGGUUAGCAUGAAGACUAUUUCUCGAUUCAAGGGCCUCGAGCCAUGUCCAGACUGGGAAAUGUGCCCCUCAAGCUCGCAUGAGCGGUACACGCCGCCACCGGCAUUUCAUAUCCACAUCAAAGAUUCAGAGGUUACCGUGGCCCUCUAUCCGCAAUCCGAGACUCUUUGGUUCCUGCCACCACUUGACAGCUCUCUAUUGUCUCCGAACAAAUUUAUGCUUCCCUCGCAUUUCGUCCUUGCGUCCGACCAGACUGUUCUCCCACCCUGGCGGCCGGGUCGGGGAUCGGGCGUCUUUAAGUCGGACAGUGAUCCAGUGGUCGUCCCCAAGUCUCAUAUCUUGCUGGAAGCCUUUCUGCGUCUGUACGCGCGCGAUUCAGGGAAGCGCAUAGGUGCCUUUGCGAUGGCAAUGAUUGGAUACAUGGAGGAGUAUGUCGAUGAUAAUGGGCUUUUGGACGCAAACUUGCUUCCGGAGCCCCUCAGAUCGUCCUAUAAGGAGCUUAGACGAGGGAUCAAGCCGGUUUCCCAAUGGACCCAGGAGUUGAAGGAGGCUCUUGGGAUACUUGAGGAUUCCGAGGAUGAUCGCAACUAUUGGAACGCCGCUUUUUAG